AUGGAGUCGCUUCGAGCGGGCAAGUUGUUCAUUGAUCUCCACAAUGACCGCCCGAAGACGUAUGUGGAAGCUAUCCAAAGAGCAAGUCGUCAGGCGGACACGGAAGAGGCGGUAAGACAAAAACGGCAGCGAGAAGCUGCUGGGUCAAACUCUAAGCGAUCACGACCCGAGUCCAGGAGUCGGACGGAACCUGAGCACCCCAGCCGUACUGAGGUACGACGAGGAUCCGAGAGGAUGGGAGCUCCUCCCCCUCGCCCCACCAUAUCCCAGCCCGUUCACGAGGUUAAAGACACCCUGCCUCCCCCUCCGCCUUUGAAACAUGGAGAUCAGCCCGAGGUCUUGCCCUCGGGAGGGGUUUCUUCAAAGUAUUGUCGAUACCAUCGAUCGACUACACACACCACGGAUGAAUGUUCUUACCUGCGAAGAGAAAUAGAGGCAAUGAUACAGAAAGGCGCUCCGCCUCCACCUAAUCAAUGGAGGCGGCAUCCGGGUUCCGAUAAGACAGAUUCGCGUUCCGACCGAGGAAAACAGCCUGCCUCUGAGGAAGAGGAGGCUAACUGGAAACACAAGCCCGUCAUUAACAUGAUAGUAGGAGGACCGGAAGGAGGAGAUUCGUCUAGUUCUCGGAAAGCUUGGGCUCAGCAACUAUAUGUGGGAACCAUUUACGGUCGAGAUGAUGGCUUGAAAAAGGUAUGUCGCGAACCUAUUCUGUUUACGGAUGAAGACUUACCUAGAAGCCAACAUCCCCAUCGGGAUGCAUUGGUUAUUGCCAUGGACAUCCAUGGCACGGUAGUCCGAAGAGUUUUAGUGGAUACGGGGAGUAGCGUGAACAUCUUAUAUCUAGAGGUGUUCGAGAGGCUGGGGUUACAACGCAACAAGUUAAUACCUGUGAAAACACCCUUGGCCGGUUUUACCGGGGACUCAAUCGAGUCGGAGGGGUCCAUACGUCUACCGGUUGAAAUUGGGACCUUUCCCAAUCUUCGGAGCAUAGAAAUGGAGUUCGUGGUAGUAGACCUAUCCUGCUCUCAUAAUAUGAUUCUAGGACGACCCGGACUAGAAGAUUUGGGCGCUCUCAUUUCUCUUGAGCAUCUUUGCAUGAAAUUCCUAACCCCGAAUAGAAUAGGAGUUGUUCGAUGCGAUCAAAAGGCAGCUAGGGAUUGUUAUUUACAGUCUUGCCGAGAGAUUGGGAAAAAGGACUUGAGGGUUCAUGCCAUUACUAGUCGAGAGGAGCAGCUCAAGAGUCUUGACCGACCAGAGCCGGCGGUAGAACUAGAAGAAAUUGAGAUCGACCCUUUGCACCCUGAAAGACGAGUAAAAAUUGGAAUCGGUUUGGCUGAGAAAGUCAAACAGGAGAUCAUCUAG